AUGCGGGCGUGGGACUACCUGACAUUGCUGAAGCAGAGCACGCAGCAGUUUGCCCAUUGGUAUAGAACAUCCAGCAUAGGUCAUCGGAACUUCGUAUGGGUAUUCGUUGGAUGCUUCUGUGGAUAUGCUUAUGGUACCCUAGAGUAUAUGAAGAAAAAAAAAGGGAAGGGCAUGUAUGCUGAUUUAAUUUAUGUUGAUGAAUAUAUCGUUGAUGAGAACAACAUACGAAAUUUUGAGAAGAGUUACAACCAGUUGAAUAUCCAUUCGUUUAAGAGUAAAGGAUAUGAAUACACAAAGCUUUUUAAGGCAAUAAAUUUGAGCAACUCUCCCCUCAGCUAUCUUCAGCUGAGGCUGUGGAAUAACAGAGACUCCUAUGAGGCUUACUUGAAAAGCGAGGACAUUCAUCGUCUCACAGAAAAUAUGAAGAAGCAGUGUGUGUUUCACUCUGCUGAUAAGUACGAAACGAUUGUGGACGACUCCAUU